GCACAGAGUUUUCUAGAAAAAAAGGUUUAGAGCUUUCAGCAAAUUCCUAAGAGCCUGCGACCCUCUCGGGAUAAACCACAGUUGGGAGAAACAUGUACUCUGAUCUUCCAGAAAAGAACACCGAGCUCACCACUUUUAUUUCUGGAGCAACUGAGCCCAGGCUGUCAGCCCACUUUCCUCUUACAAAACCCUAAGGCACUUAAAAGAGACCACAGGGGGAAAAAAAAAUAACUCAACCCCCUUUCUAAUCUUAACCUAAUCCUCCUUAAACCUUGCCUGACCCAGGCUACCAGGAACCCUGCCAGUGCCAAAUGAUAUGAUGUUUAUUCAGCUCAGGUCUUAGCCUGCUUCUCCUGGGCCACAAAAUCAAAGAGGAACAUGUCAGCCACCACCUGCUGCUGAGUGGGUAAACAAAGGGCCAGUCAAGAAAGAGGAGGACCAGUGUUUGAGGACAAUGCCUUUGUGUAGUCCUGGCUCAAAUAAGGACACAGCUCCUAAGGAGCAGUCUUGAGACAUGCACCAACGCUGUGCCAAGUGGUUCAGAAGCCCGGGCACAGCUGUUCCUCAGACGCCCUUUGGCCCUAGCUGCCCCCUGAAAUCACACGAGGGUGCCUAUGACACGGUGCCCCCUUUCCCAGAAGAUGUUGGCAGAAUGACAGUUUGUGAACCCGUUAGGUUUGUGUGGCAAGAGUGCUUUCCAAAGUGUCCUCAGACAAGUAGGUGUCGUGGAGCUCAGAAGGCACGGCCUGACCCCCAUUUCACCAGGGCAGCUGUUUUGAUCUCUUUUCUAUCUGGGGGAUCUGAAUGAGAUUUCGGGGCAGGGAGUUAGUCCUGUUACUAAAAACGGAAUGCUCGCAAAAUGCUCUUGAAAUAGCAGCUUUGGCCUCUCCUUACCUGAGAGGGGCUGACGUGGAGUAAGUCUCCCAGAUCCCGAGAUGUAGCAGCUGGGUUUAUUCUCUCUGUUCUCUGCUUCCCUUCUCUCAACAAAUGCCUCCUCAGAGCUCUUUCUGUGUGUGUUCGAAUUGGCUUCGUCCCCUCAGGAGUAACUGAGAGGGGUGGCUGACAGUUUUUCAGGUUCUUUUAUGUGCUGUGCGAGGCGCUGCGUUUUAAUGGACCCGAGGCAGCCGUUUUUGGACACUCUCCUCAGUUCAGGUGAAAACAGUGAAACAGAAACACAACAACAACUACAACAACAACAUCUACCAGGGCAGUGUGCCCGGCUCCUAAGUGACUGAUGGGACAGACAGUCGCCCAGAUAGGGGCUCAGAGCCUGUGUUCUUACUCAGUGUAUAAUGUCGCCUCUCAUGUUAGAGCAAGGUGUGUUUGUGUGUGUGUGUGUGUGUGUGUGUAAAUCAGCUAUGUUAUUUUUACACGUUAAAAAUAAAUAGAAUCUGAGCCAGUGGGUCGGCCGAAGGGUCCUGUCCCGGGGGCUUGUUCUCUGGGGAUGUGAGCGAUCUGGCGACCAGACACCCCCUCCUCUAGGUAAGACUAGCUGCGGGAGGUGAAUUUCUGGCAAAAACACCAUCACCCCUGGGCUGCAGCACUCCUCUGUCUUCUAGUUUCCGCGGCGCGAGCAGGACAAGUACCUGCGAGGCAGUGGACAGGUUGGGACCGGCCUGGAUUCCGUCGCGCGCCCUGGGCGAUGUUACGCUGAGGCCCCUGUGCUCUCCUGCCUGCCCAGGGCUGAUGCUCCCCAACUAGGUCUGCGAGAACUCACUUCACGCAUCUGCCAAGCCGAUUAAAUGAGACCACGACCCCAGUAAAGGGCCAGCAUCCCCCAUCGUUACACCCACGUGCACAGCUUCUAACUGAAAGGAAACUUGAGCGCAGAAUUCUAAAUCCCAACCCAAGAACAGAGAAAAAGGCCCCAGUGAGAAAAUGGGACUUGGAAAUGAAGGGACAUGGGACUCUAUUUAGAGACUACAUUAAUUGAGAUUAAAGGAAAGUACAACCAUAUCUUACAAUAAUAUUUCUGGGAAGGAUACAUAAUUAUUUGUCAAGUCAGGAUUGCUGCUGUAAAUGUGCAAUAGAUGUGAGGAUUUGGAUUACUUAAAGUUUGAAAAGAAAAUGUUCUCUACAAAUAUUCAUACAGAACUGUUUUUGCUGCUAUCAAGACUGGAACACAUUUGUAUCUCCUAAGGCAAAGAGAUCACAAGUAGGCAGAGACAGGCAGAGAGAGAGGAAGGGAAGCAGGCUCCUUGCUGAGCAGAGAGCCCGAUGUGGGGCUCCAUCCGAGGACCCUGGGAUCACCACCUGAGCCGAAGGCAGAGGCUUUAACCCACUGAGUCACCCAGGUGCCCCAAGGAAGCAGAUGGGAAGGAAGCUUUAUUUAUUUAUUUAUUUAUUUAUAAAAAGAUUUUAUUUAUUUAUUUGUCAGAGAGAGAGCAAGCAAGAGUGAGCACAGGCAGACAGAGUGGAAGGCAGAGUCAGAGGGAGAAGCAGGCUCCCUGCGGAGCAAGGAGCCUGAUGUGGGACUCGAUCCCAGGACGCUGGGAUCAUGACCUGAGCCGAAGGCAGCUGCUUAACCAACUGAGCCACCCAGGCAUCCCUGGGAAGGAAGCUUUAUUGAGCAAUUGCUAUGUGCCUAGAACGAGAUUGAGCAGUUCCUGAACAACCUUGUGAGCCAUGUAUUGUUUCAGAACUUCACCAAGUCAUUCCUGGAUUUAUCCCACAGUGAUCCUGUGCUUAUUUGGAUUUUUCUCCAUGAUGAGACCCUCAGAACCCUUUUUUAUACCAUAUUUAUCUAGACCAGAUAAAAACCUGACCAGUUCAGAGAUCACAAAUGAGAUCAUCCCAAUUUGGACAUACUCUUACCUGGUGCUGCUGCUCCCCGUUUUUGUCCUAACUGACUACGUCUGCUACAAGCCAGUCAUCAUCCUGCAAGGAGUCAGCUUCAUCAUCACGUGGUUGCUGCUCUUGUUCGGCCAGGGAGUGAAGGCCAUGCAGGUGGUGGAGUUCUUCUAUGGGAUGGUCACUGCUACCGAGGUAGUGUCCUAUGCCUACAUUUACAGCGUGGUCAGCCCCGAGCACUACCAGAAAGUGAGUGGCUACUGCAGGAGCAUCACACUGGUGGCCUACACAGUGGCCUCGGUGCUGGCCCAGCUCCUGGUGUCCCUGGCAAGCCUCUCAUACUUUUACCUCAACGUCAUAUCCUUGGCUUCCAUCUCUGUGGCCUUCAUUUUGUCCCUUUUCCUGCCAGUGCCCAAGAAGAGCAUGUUUUUCCAUGCAAAAUCCAGCAAAGGACUACGGAAGCAACGGGACAAAAAUGAGGCAUCAGAUGCACCUUACAAAAUUAACACACCAGGUGGUGAAGAGAAUCCCACUUCAGAAAUACCCACCAUUUCAGGGAACCCGGAUGGUGGUCCUUUGAGCAGCCCGAUGCUGCAAAAUGUAGCGUUGAAUGUUUUUGUGCAGUGGUUCCAAGAUCUGAAGGAGUGCUACUCUUCCAAGCGACUAUUUUACUGGUCCCUAUGGUGGGUCUUCUCCACAGCAGGUUUUAACCAAGUUUUGAACUAUGUUCAAAUCCUGUGGGAUUACAAGUCACCAUCCCAGAGUUCUUUUGUCUAUAAUGGGGCAGUAGAAGCUCUUGCAACCUUUGGAGGGGCCGUGGCUGCCUUUGCAAUGGGCUACGUGAAAGUCAACUGGGAUCUUCUGGGGGAGCUCGCUCUAGCCAUCUUCUCCAUCAUUAGCGCAGGCUCUCUGUUUCUCAUGCAUUACACGACCGACAUCUGGACAUUUGCUGGCUAUCUGAUAUUCAAGUCCAGCUAUAUGCUGCUUAUAACCAUAGCAGUAUUUCAGAUCGCAGUUGAUCUGAGUGUGGAACGCUAUGCCCUGGUAUUUGGAAUGAACACCUUCAUGGCACUCGUAAUUCAGACCAUUAUGGCAGUGAUUGUUGUAGAUCAGAAAGGACUCAACCUGCCAAUCAGCAUUCAGUUUUUAGUUUAUGGGAGUUAUUUUGCAGUUAUUGCUGCCAUUUUUCUAAUGAGAAGCACAGAUAUCAUCUACUCAACCAAAUGUCAAAAGCAAGCACAGAGCUCUCCAGCUAGUCAGAAUACAGAUGAGCUCCACCCAGAGGGACCAAGGAAUGUCAUUACAGGAACAAAGCUCUGACCUUAUGGCAGCCACUGGAUCCACUGAACAGGACCUUCUUGGUCACAAAGUCAUUGAGCACCAUAAACUGACACACUUCCAAAGCCUAGAUUUCAAUGAACCUUUUCAAAACCACAAAAAAAUCUUAGUUUUAGACCAGAUACUACGUGCCCAGCUGGAUGCAGUUGACAAGACCCGUCACCUCAGUCAAAUGGCCGACGUUGGGUACUCCAACGAGUAGCAAGGAUUGGGAAAUUCUGGUUUUGGUUACUCCCUAGGACAUAUCAAUGGCAUGGAAGCAAACCACGAGAAAACUUCACUCAGCCUGCAGUUGAUGUUCCCCAUUCGUAAGCAGAAAUACUAACUGGACUGACCCCUUUGCUUGUUUUAGAUAUUUUAUCUUACCAAAACAGGCAAGAAGUGAACAUUUUUUUUUUUAAUCAUAUAACUAUUUGCCUCCUUCUUUCAUUAAGUGUAUUUCUAUAUUACUUGCAGUUCUCUGUGAGAAUUUCAAGGUCUGGUCCCAUUUCCAAGGACCUUUCUUCAAUCCUGACAACAUGGUAUUAUUCACAAGCUAUUAUUUGAUUAUAUCACCUAUUUAAUUCUGUCAUGAUUACUUUUUACUUUGUGUUCUGCUGAGCUUUGUUGUUGAAACGUGACCUCAGGAAUAGCCCCAGACAUUCCUCUGUGCCCAGAGAAUGACAUUCAAGUCAAUUGCUGGGGGCCCUGGGGUGGCAGUGAGUUUUCUCCCACUAUGACCCUAGAUGGGUGUUUCAAUGCCCUGUCGGUGUGAUCUCUAAAAUAGAAAAACUUAAGUAGAAAUUUCCAGAGUUUCUAAAAGUAUUUGUAAGUAAGAAAACACUGAUGAGGGGGAACACCUACUUUUUAAAUGGCAGAUUGUGCUACAUAAAAUAAGGUGUGUAAAAAUAUUAAAGAGCCUUUCUAAAUUUUUGAUGAAUUGUGCUGAGAAUCACCUGUGCUUGUGUCCUUUGAAACUUCAAAAGAGGACACAUGGAACAGUCUGACAUGGAAAUAAAGAAUGCUGAUUCAAGAAAAAAAAAUAUAAAUAAAUAAAUAAAUAAAUAAAAUCUGACGAUAAAAAUAGGAAGACAAAAUCGCCCAUCAUUCCACCAUUCGAAGACCACCAACUAUUCCUGUUUGGGAAUAUUUCCUUCCAGUCUAUUUUUAUGCAUCAUUUUUAGCUCUGCACAUUUAAAACAGCUGC